UGAGAUUUUGCGCAGUCUCUCGACGCGGAGGAACUUCAUAGCACGAUCGCCUGCGGAGGGUGAGAGAGAAACCCUCGAAGAUGAGCAAUAAAAACGACAAUAACACCGCCAGCAACAGCGAUCCCAACGGGUCGUCGUCGUCGAGCACCGCAAGCGGCGGCGGUGGCGGCCCGUGCGGCGCGUGCAAGUUCCUGCGGAGGAAGUGCGUGAGGGGCUGCGUUUUCGCGCCCUACUUCGACGCCGACCAGGGCCCCGCCCACUUCGCCGCCGUGCACCGGGUGUUCGGGGCGAGCAACGCCUCCAAGCUCCUCGCCCGGGUCCCCGCCCACCGCCGCCUAGACGCCGUCGUCACCCUCUGCUACGAGGCCCUCGCCCGGGCCCGCGACCCCGUCUACGGCUGCGUCGGCCACAUCUUCGCCCUCCAGCAGCAGGUGGUGAAUUUGCAAGCCGAGCUAGCCUACGUUCAAGCCCGUCUCGCUUCGCUGCAGCACUUCCCUCUACAGCCACUGCCGCCCCAAAGCCCGCCGCAGUCUGAACUCCAGUCCUCCUCCGACACGGCAUUGCUCUCGGAAGUGGUGCCCAACCCGACUCUGCCAAAUAUGUACUUCAACUCCUAUCAGCUUCAAAAUGGUGCAUUGGCUGGCCUGCCGAACUUUCGCAUGAAUCUGGCUGAAGAACGGGAGAUCGAAGAUGCCCAACUGCAUUCAUUGGCUAGGGUUUUUAUCUCUUCGUCCCGACACUUGCCUCCUCCAGGGGUGAGAUUCGACGGCUCGAGUCCGGGCAAGAAUUUAUAGGAUGAUUAGCAUAGUGGAUUGGUGCAAUCUCAAUGUUUCCUGUACUACCAGCUUUUGCCAAAUUGAAAGGUGCAAUCUGGGUGUCUGUCAUGACAAAUUUUCUAACCCCUGUGAAAAAAAGUUGCCUUCUAGCUGUGAAUUUUGCAUUUUGUACACAUUAGUUCAUGCCCUAGCGAGCUGAUUAAUGUAUUUUCUGGAGCCAUAUGGGAUUGAAUUGUAUGUAUAACUCCGUUGUACUUAACCUUUAGAAACUCAAUUGGUAGGAAUGAAGAACGAACUGAAGGCAACAAAUUUUAGAAA